AUUACACCUAAUUGCAGAACAAAAUAUGAUAAAAAGGAUUUAUGCGAUAACAUAUAAAUCGAAGAAAGAUUAAUUUUGCAUUCACGACCGGACAAUGAAGUUGCUGGUGGUAAUUCUUGGCAUAGUUGCAUUGUGCUCCGGGACUGCCAUCCCACCGGUGCCGGGAGACAAUAGCCACUAUGUGGAUGGCGAGAGUCGCUACAUCUGGAUGCCGGAUGGUGAAGGCACGCCCGCGCUUGUAGACCUGCAUGAGCCUGUAGACGAAGAGCUUUUGAGAACCAGGAAUGGAGCUAACAACGCUUAUUGGCUCUUCACCAGGUCAAACCCCAAUAACCCUCAAGUGAUUGUGCACGGCAACGCUAAUACAAUCUGGGCCUCAAGUUACAACGGCGCUCUCCCUUUGAAAGUCAUCGUGCAUGGAUGGAACAACAAUGGAUGGAGUCCUAUGAACCCUCAAAUAACAGCCGCCUUCUUAGCUGUCACCAACUGCAACGUUAUAGUGGUUGACUGGGGUGCUCUAGCCAACCAGCUGUACACCACAGCUGCGGCUGGCGUUCCGAGCGUCGGUCAGUCCCUUGGCAACUUCAUCGUUUGGCUGAGGAACACCGCUGGAGGUGCUUGGAACAAUGUGCACUUGGUCGGGUUCAGUUUAGGUGCACAUGUUGUUGGAAAUGCUGGACGAACGGCACGGGGAUGGCCAGUAAGAGUUACAGGUCUGGAUCCAGCUCUUCCUGGCUGGCGCGGAAAUAGCAACGCAUUGAACAACCGUGACGGCGUUUAUGUGGAAACGAUCCAUACUGACGGCGAUCUUCUUGGCAUCAAGGAUCCUAUUGGCGAUGCAAAUUUUUACCCUAACGGUGGCAAAAAUCCUCAGCCUGGUUGCUGGGUCAGCACUUGUUCCCAUGGACGCGCUACUGAACUUUUUGCCGCUACCGUGUACCACAACCACCUAGUUGGAAGGCAAUGUCCAAAUAUCUGGGAAGCUGAGUUGAGCACAUGCUUUGGUGCUUCGUUUCAUAUGGGCAAUGGAGAUUGGAAUAAACGAGGAAGCGGAAUCUACCAUGUGUUUACAGGAGCUAACUGGCCUUUUUGAAGAAAACUGUAGGUAACAGCGGGAAUAAAUAGAGCAUAAUAAGUAGGUAUUCGUCAAUUUACCGUCGUGACAUUAAAACUUUAUGCUUAAUCGAAAAAUUCGUCAUCAAAUAAAAUAAUACAUACUGUUA